GUCAUAGUUUACAAAACAUAGGGGUAAACUGUUGGGAAUCCAUUCUGCAAACAGUCUUCAAUGGAAAAGUAAUUGUGACAUCAGUGAUAUAUUUUACAGGACUGUAAAUAACAUAGCCUAACACCAGUUGGGUCUUAGGGUGACAAGUGUAAUUUGCUAUCAGAUGGUGUUGUGAUUGUGUUGUCCUAGAACUCUCAAGCACAUGCUGCACAUGAACACAGACUCACUCACAACACUCUGAAAUAUGAUUUGCUGGGCUAAAAUCUGGUUCCUAACCAUCUACAGGUAAGACAACCAACAUGCUAAUAUCAUGGUAUUGUGCUUAUUACCAAUUGUACAGGGGCUGCUGGUAGCCUAGUGGUUAGAGCAUUGGGCAAGUAAGUGAAAGGUUACUGGAUCGAAUCCCCGAGCUGACAAGGUAAAAAUGUGUCGUUCUGCCCCUGAACAAGGCAGUUAACCCACUGUUCCUAGGCCGUCAUUGUGAAUAAGAAUGUUAUUAACUGUCUUGCCUAAUUAAAUAACGUAUUUUUUUUUAAAUAGCAUGUAAUAUCGCAUGAAUUCACAAGGGGGCACACAUGUACCAAGGCAUCUUUCUGAAUUACCAUGACUACGGCAAACAGGUGUCCGAGUUGUUGUUGCUACUUACGUCCGUUUCAGAGCGUUUAACAAUAAGCUAGCUAGCUGUAUAGUUAGCUACUAAAGUUUAAACCUUUGCUGAUAUAGCAGGACAUGCACAUCGACUUGGUAUGAAGACAUUGCUCUAGUCUUCUCUCCUCCUCAGUCCUCUUCCCUAGAAAUUCUGUGAGAGUUGUGCUAUGUUCAGGAAAACUGUCUGGAAGAUUACCGUGAGUUAUUAUGAUGCCGUUAGCUGGCACCAGGACGAGGCCCUGAACACGACCAUAUUCAUCCUGAAAGAGUAUGGUCCGACCGGAUUUCUACUCAAAGAGGAGGGGGAACCCAAAAACUUCAAAGUGUUCUUGGAAGACCCUCAUACAUGUACCUGUUCAACAUUCCACAAAGAGAGAGACCUCUGCAAACACAUCUGCUGGGUUUUAUUGCGGAAAUUCAGACUGCCUAGAGAACAUGAAUAUUGCUUCCAGCAGGUCCUGGUUGAAAGGCAGAUCCUGGAGCUGCUACAGGGUUUACACAGGAGCAGAACCCCCCGGCCUGUACACCCACCCUGCUCUGAGGCUGACCCUAACCCCAGACCAGACCCAGCUGAGGGGAACGGGGGCAGACAGAAGGAGAUCGAAGCUGAGGAUGUGUGUCCCAUCUGUCAAGAGGAGUUGCUGGGGAAACGGCUGCCUGUGUCUUACUGCAAGUUCGGCUGUGGCAACAACGUCCAUAUCUCCUGUAUGAAGGUGUGGGCAGACCACCAGGCACGUCCGGAGGGGGAGGGGGAAGCCGUGGUGAAGUGCCCGCUGUGCCGGGAGGACUUUGGGCUGGUCAAGUUGCUCCUGGAGCAGGUGAGGAAUGUGGCUGAGCUCCACACAGCUGCUGAGAGAGAGAGGCCCGACAGACACCUCGGGGUGCUCUGCAACAACUGCAGGGUCUGCCCCAUCACUGGCAAGUGCUUCAAGUAAGUCUUGUUGUCAUAAUGCCCAGGCCCAAUAGACCUUGAGCUCGAAUUGACAUACUUUUCCCCCAUCCACUUACCUAUACUGUUGUGGAUCAA